AUGGACGUGGAGUUCGUGAGACAUCAGUUUGAAGAUGGACACGACGGAGUUGUAGUUAAGAAUAAAUUUACCAUAGGCGUAAGGCAUGUUCAGAUUCUGUACAUGUGGGUGUGCGGCGCAGUGUUCGGCGCCAUUCGCGGCAGCACCGGCGUUGUUGUAGUCGCCCUCACAGAUAAUAACAGAAUAAAUGAUACAUACAUUCAGAUACACCAAUGGGAUAGAAGAAUACAAGGGACAAUUUUCUCAUCUUUCUUCCUCGGCUAUGCGCUGAUGCUACUGCCGGCAGAGCUGUUUCUCAAGAAACUUUGCGGCAAGUACGUGUUGACGGCGGCGCUCGUCAUCAGCGGAGUAUUGUCUAUCGCCAUGCCGACCAUUGUAAACAAGGGCGGCUGGGUAGCGAUGUGCAAUGCACAUCUUUGGAUGGGCAUGGCACAGGCGUGUUACUCGCCAUGUAAUCAAGCUCUUUUAGCUAAGUGGCUUCCACCGGAUGAAAGAAGUAUGUUCAGCUGGUUGGUCAACUCAGGUACAGUCAUAGGAGUAGUGGUUUCACUACCAAUAUCAGGUUUAAUCUCUGAAUCUCGUCUCGGUUGGGAGCUGAUCUUCUACACGCAAGCUAUGAUGAUGCUGUCGAUGGCGGCUAUUUGGGGAUUACUGACAUCAAGUUCACCAGAAAGACAUCACGCGGUUGGGGAUAAAGAGAAGGAGUAUAUUAGAGAAAAUCUGGAGAGAUAUCGAAAGAAAUCUUUGGAUGUGCCAUGGAGGAGUAUAUUGAAAUCACGGCCUUUUUGGGGUCUCGCUUGCUCACACGCCGCUAGCAACGCUAUCUAUAUUUUUUAUCUAACCGAGCUGCCACAUUUUUUUAAAAUCUUUGGGACAUCCUUGAGAGAUACUUCGUGGCAAUUAAUAUUCCCAUUCUUGGCGCUCUGGUUUUUCCGGAUGAUGACAGCGCCCACAGUCAACUGGCUCUGCAAGGUUCUGAAAGUCAGUUUUAAUGUUCACUUUACAUACUUGAGAAAAUUCAUCAAUGUUUUAGGUGCUUGUGGCGUAGUUGCUGGUCUGACAAUAUUACCAAGUCUAGUUCUUGGUUGGCCGCUCCUGACAAUUUUUACGUUUGUUGCCAUCAUGGGAUGUAUGGGUUUCCAAUUUUCUGGUUUUUUGGACAACCACAAAGACUUGUCACAGAAUUAUUCAGAAACUCUUCUGAUGAUGACAAGCGUAUUUGCCAGCGUGCUCGGAUCGAUCAUUCCCGCUUUGUCUGGAGUUAUUGUUGCAGACAAUAUGGAAAGCGCAAUCCUGAACCGCUACCGCAUUGUAUUCCUGAUGCUGUCAAGCCUAUACGUAGGCUGUAACGUAGUGUAUAUCGUUUUGGCAACGAGCGACAGGCAACACUGGGAUGAAACAAAUAUGAGAAACAAGUUUGGAUACCACAAUGCCAUGAUUGACUCCAACUACGUGGAGCUGCAAGACAUAGGCAACACGAAGCUAAAUCUAAAUCAACACGCAUGAUUGUGAUACUGAAAUAUGACUUAAUUGAUAAUCUACCUGUUUAAAGACUCAGAUUUACUAUUACGAAAAUGUAUAUAAAUAUUUUGAUAAUGGCAAAGCUAUGAUGUUCUUAUUUUUAGUAUCCUAAAAAUAUAAACUAGAUGCGUAGUUUGAAACAUAAAUUUACACCAAACGUCGUUUCGUUUGUGGUAGGGAGCGUGUGGAAUUAGGAAUAUUGGGCGA